AUGGAUCCACCGGUGGUUCCUCUCAGUCGAACUCGAUUGACCCGAGACUAUACCUUCGAGGACGACAUGCCGCCUGCAACAGCAGUAAAGAGUCCUCCAGCGCCUAAAUCUGUGGAAGGAACACAGGGCACUUCGACACCACGACCCAGCUAUCAUGAAGGACGUUCAGAGUCAUCUAGGUCUAACGAUGGUAGGAGCAGUGCACUCAGAAGCCAAGCACCAGAAAGUCCACACCAUAGCAGAGAGUCGUCAGACAUUCGCAGCCUGGAGACGGCAACACCCACUGGCCAAAUGGAGGACAAAGGCAACCUUGAAGAGCUUCGCAAACUCGACUUCAAUCUUGACCCCAUAGAGGAAACAGACAAGAGCGCAUACGAACCUUCCAUCAGCACAUUCUCGCGCACUUCUCACAACACCACACUGACCGUUGCUUCUUCAAAUAAACUGCCAGAUUUCUUCGCGCAGGAAGUCUUUCAGAUAGUACUUCACAACCCGACCACCUCGCAUCAGCUUCUCAAAUACAGUCAGUCACGACUAUGUGGUGAGAACCUGGAAUUCCUGGAAAAGGUCACCAGGUACAACAAUCUCCUGAGCGAAGUUGCGAAGAACAUGUUUGACAUCCAUCGCAACUUCAUUUCGGUGAACUCACCCAACCAGAUCAACAUUUCGGAAAAUGUACUUGUGAAGGUCAAUCGAGAUCUCAAGUCCGCGUUGACAACGACCCUUCCAAAACUUGAAUCCGUGUUCGUCGAUUCGCAGAACAGCAUUGAGAGACUGGUGGCGGAUGAUGUAUACCCGAAAUUCGUGCGACACCAAAUGACCAUGAGCGCUGCAAAAGCACUGGCGGGCGAUCGAGGCAAAUACGCCGGUUUGGGCGACUGCUUCGUGCUGAGCGAUCCCAUCAAAGCCGAUAAUCCAAUCGUCUAUGCCUCAGACGGCUUCGUCAAAGUCACAGGCUACGCGCGCAACGAAAUCAUCCCCCGAAACUGUCGGUUCCUCCAGGGUCGACAAACGGAUCCCGCGUCCGUCAAGCGCCUCCGCGAAGCCAUCAGCUCAAGGGAAGAGAUUGUGGAACUACUGCUGAAUCAGAAGAAGUCCGGCGAACCCUUCUGGAAUCUGCUGUAUAUGACGCCCCUUUUCGACGCUACCGGGAACGUGGUAUUUUUCCUCGGUGGCCAGAUCAAUUGCUCAACGACAGUUCAUAAUCAGUCAGAUGUUUUACGCAUUCUCGCCAUGUCGAAUGACACGGAUGAGAAGGCGGUUGACGGCGUACUGGCGCCCGAGAUACAAAAGACGCCUUCCCGUGCGAGCAAGUUCCUGGCGAACUUCCGGAGCAAGAGUGGCACGGUGGAAGCGCAUCGGAUGCCUGGCAUGGAAGAUAAACUCUUGAAUAAAAUGGAGACAGAGAAGAUGAAUCUCCGGAGGCAGAUGGACACUUUCUACACUGCUUAUUCCAAGUUCCUCGUGAUAAACUACUCGACAUUCUACAUCUCCUUCCACUCGGCCGGUGCUGCCACACUGCUGUACCCGGCACGCCCGAUCCCCAACAGCUCCAUCUCGCAGAUCGUCGGCAUGGACAUCUUCCGCUGGCUGUCGGUGCACUCGGCCUCAAAGGUGUCCAGCGAGUAUAAGUCACGCGUGCGCACGGCCCUGAAGAUGGGCAAUGCCGUCUCGCUCGAUCUCACCAUGUGCACCCGGCGAUUCAUGGGCUUCGAGAAGUUCGCGACGCACUGGACGCCCCUGAAGAACGAGGCUGGCGAGAUCGCUUUUGUUAUUCUCACGCUCGGUGGCUUUCAGGAUUGA